GCCCUCCUGUAAUUUUUGCCAAACAGUUGAAUCACAAUACCGUUUUCUAAAAUUCGUUGGACUUCGCUAACAAAUCUGUUGAUCCCAUUGACGUUUCCCACUCCACCACAUUCUUCUUCCUCUUUGCAAGAAUGAGCCGUAGAAGCAAUCGAACACUCUACGUGACGGGCUUUCGCCCAGGGAUGCGUGCACGCGAUCUGGCUUAUGAAUUUGAGCCUUAUGGACCCUUAAUUCGUUGUGACAUUCCUAUUCCUCGCAAUCCAGAAGCAAGACCCUUUGCUUUCGUGGAAUACGAGGACCCACGCGAUGCAGAGGACGCGUACCACGAAGUCCAUGGUCGUCGCAUCGAUCGGGAUGUACUUCGUGUGGAAUGGGCUCGUCAGUCGUUCAGCUCACGCCGUGAAGAACGUCGCGGUAGAUUUGGUCAGGAACGUGGUCGUCCACGCUACCGUUCUCGAAGUCCGGGUCGUCGUUUGAGUCCUUACCGUCGUUCUCCCGGUCCUAAGUACGGCAAUUCACGGUUCAGUCCUCGUCGUCGUUCUGGAAGUAGGAGUCCCCUUCCCCGCCGAGACUCGUUCGACGAUUCUGCAAACAGUCGGGAGCGCGAAAGGGAACAGUAUGACACGAAUGAACGUCCUCGUCAACCGUUUAAGUCUGAAAACAUGCAAGACGAAAAGGCUCCUCUUUCUUCCGAGCAAGAUCACGCUCCCGUCCAUGAACAGUAUCCUAGCGAGGCUCCAGCUACUACUGAAAAUGCGACAGAUACUGCUGCAGCAUCUGCCCAGGAACAACCAACAAAACCUGCAGAAUCUGAAAAGGCUGCCAUUGUUACUACUACUGCUGUUGCUGCUGCUGCAGAACCUCCCCAGCCAGAAGUUUCUGAACAAACAGAAAAGUCUCAGCAAGAACAAAACUCGCAGCCAGUUGAAGACAGUUCGAAUGAUGCUGCACCCGUUCAAUCUGACAACUGAGGCGGUUUUAUUUCUUCGGAGCUUCAUUCGUGCAACUUGCUCCAGUUUUGAUUACUGUUGAGUUCCAGGAAUAAAAAACCAAUUAAAACAAAGCUCAUUGGUUUCUUACUGACAGUACAACAAACAAUUCAGCUUACAAACACAAUCCCACACUCUUUAUUGUCUUUCUCUCUUUUUAUUUUUUUUUUUCUCUCUUUCUCCCUCUCUCUUUCUUUGGCACAAUCAAAAAAUCACUGUAAUUCGCUUCAAAUUUGUCUGUGCCAUUCAUUCACUAAUCUUUCACACUCUCCCACGCAAAUUUAAAAGCAUUACUCCUCUACAUUCGUUCAAACCAGUUUAUCGUUCUGAUUUAUACAUCUCUCCGCUCCUUCUUUUACAGUAGUUUAGAUCGUGUACCUUACUUCGCCAAUUCACACUGCUCGGUUGUAGCGAUUUCCUUCGCAUGACCUCUCUCAUCCGUUCCCAUAUAAAGCUGCGCUUUUCCCUCCUUGAUAGGUGCGCGGCCAUUUGUAUUACACAGCUUUUAGAACAAACAGUGUACUCGUAGACUUACUGUAGAAUGAGUAUCUGUCACUACAACAGAAUCCUGAAUCACGCGUGUUUAUUUCAAACAUGUAGCCUCUGUGAGUAUUAAACAGUCAUAAAAAUGUGCGGUUACUUGAUAUUAAUGUCUACAACGUAUGCAGAUUCUUUAGAACGAAUGUUUUAAAAGGGCUUAAAUGUCAUCAAGUGCAUUCGCGAUUCUUUCCUUCUUUUUCGUAACAAGGCUUUCCUUCCACUCUGGUAACAGCUCUUUCACGGCUUCAGGUUUGUAGGUAGCAGCAAAGAAACUUGCCUCCGGCAAACGGUUACCAGAACGCAGAACCUCAAUACACUUGUCUGGCUGGUUGAGAUGGCAGCAUCAGCGAGCUUUUCAAGACCUUCAACAUUGUUGGAAGCGGUAUAUAAGAGCAACAAAGAACUGUGAUCUUGAGCUUUUGUAAAACAUUCCUCAGCCAAAACAAAGUCCCAGUUAUUGAGGGCCACAUCACCAAGCUGUCUCCAUUUUGAAACAUCGUCCAAUGAGCGAGCAAGAACAGCCGCGGUUUCCAGUUGGCCGGCUUCUAACGCAAGUUCAAAGCGUUGCUCAUCAUCUGUAGACAGGUCCAAAGCAGCUUCCUUAUAACCAAGAUCAGAAAGAAAAUCAGAAAGCUUGCUUUUUUCAUCCUCGGGAAUUUUAUCGAGAAUGGAUUUGGCUUCCUCGAGGUUUCCAUCAAGAACAGCGGUUUGAUACUCAACCACAUUCAAAUUGAAAGCGUAGCUGAUUAUAUUCAAGUCACGAUCAGCAAGAUAAAUCCGUCCAUCUCUGGGCAAGUAUCCUAAAAGAUAUACGUAGUUCUCAACGCUGCUGAUUUUAAAGACUUGAUCGGCAACAAGAUAGUUGAGACGUCCAGAGCCUGUGCAGUAAAUGAACGUAGUACCAACCCACUUUCCGCUGACGACAACAUCGGAACUCUCAAAUACUGGUUCAAAAGCUUCUUCUGCGCCAUCAUCUGCAAUAGUAUUU